GGCUCCAGGUCCAGCAAGGUUCCCUAGAAACCCCUCCCCACCAGGGGUGACCUCACAAUGGCCCCCCGAUGGCUGGCUGGCAGGGAGAGGGAGCAGGGGGCAGAGCAAGAGAGGGCAGGGGCCCUAGGUGGGGGCUGGAGGGGGCAGGAGCCCCAAGUGCCGCCCCGCUAUGGCCACCUCGGACCCUGUGCGUCUGCUGCAGGAGGAGGUGACCUGCGCCGUGUGCCUGGACUACCUGCACGAGCCGGUCACUAUCGACUGCGGCCACAACUUCUGCCGCGCCUGCAUCACCCGCUGCUGGGACGAGAUGGGCCGGCGCUUCCCCUGCCCCCAGUGCCGGGCCCGCUCACCCAAGCGUAAGCUUCGGCCCAACUGCCAACUGGCUAACGUGGCCAUGGCCGCCAAGCGGCUGAGGCCUAACGCGGGUGAAGACGGGGUCCCGGGCCCAGGGACCAGCACGGGCAAAAGCCAGGAAGCCAGGGAGGCCGAGGAUGAGCAGGCGGCAUCUCUGGCUGAGGAGGAGACCAAGGGAAGCCAGAAUGAUGAGACACCAAAGGCCCCAGAGGAUGGGUCCCAGGAAAGAGAGACUGAGAUCGAGAGAGUCCCCAGAGCAGCCAAAGACACAGAGGACGGGGAGCCAGAGACAAGCGCAGAGAACAAGGCAGAGGAGGCUGCAGACACCAGGGAUGGUGGGCCCCAGAAGAUAGCUUCAGACAGCGAGGAGGACCAGGGCAGCAAGACAGACAGGCAGCUCAGAGCCUACCGAGAAGAUCAGGCCCCGGAAGAGGAGGAGGCUCCUGAGGAGGCCGAGGGCACCCCUGGCAGCCAGCAGGCCAAGGGCCCCCAAGAAGAAAAAGAUGUGGGCCAGGCCGCAGGGCCUGCUAGUAGCAGCCAGUGGGCUGAGCCACGGCCGGGGAGGAGCCUGCCCCACAGCCCCUGCCCCCAACACCCAGCAGAGGAGCUCUGGCUGUUCUGCCGGCGCGAUGGGGCUACUCUGUGCCCUGCCUGCCACCCUGAGAGAGCCCACAGGGGCCACGACCUGGUGCCGCUGGCCGAGGAGGGCCGUGCCACCCGCGCCCGCCUCAGGGGGGCUCUGGGCAGGCUGCGUGUCCAGAGGGAGGCUCUGGAGGAUGCGGGGGUCCGGCAGGAGCGUCAGGUAGCCCAUCUUGGAGAAGAGGCCGCCGUCAGGCGCCAACGUCUGGGUCAUGAGUUUGAGGGCCUGCGCCAUUUCCUGAGCAAGGCCGAGCAGGACCUGCUGAGCUCACUGGCGGCUGCUGAACGCAUGCCCAGGCCACCCGCCGAGCCCAAGGAGCCCGCCUGUCAGCCAAUGCCCGCCGCCUGGACCGCCCUCCUGGAGGCCUCGUCCUGGCUGCACCUGCCCAGUGCCCGCCUGCUGGCUGACAGCGGUGUCCAAGAGGGACUCCGAAAGCUGGAGGCUGAGGCUGGCAAGAGCCUGGGGGCCAGGUGUCCCCCGGGGGAAGGCCUGGGAGGGGCAGGCCGGGCUCAGGCAGUGCUAAGAGGCCGCUCGGGCUUCCGGGAGCGGCUGUCAGGGGAACUGGAACGGGAUGACCCCCCAGUGCGCUUUGACCCCAACUCAGCUGCCCCCGGCCUGGAAGUAUUAGAAGGCGGGAGGACAGUGAGGCUGAGGCCCCGGGCCAGCGCCCAGCAGGCUGACCUCUGCCCCUGCGUCCUGGGCGACAGCUGGUGUAACGGUUCUCACUACUGGGAAGUGGAUGUAAGCCAGUCGGUGGGCUGGGCCGUGGGGGUGGCCUGCGAGGGUAACCUCCACCCCCAGCCCAACAAGGGGCUCUGGGCCCUGCAGCUUAGUCGAGGCCAGCUGUGGACCCCUGAAGUGACCCUAGCUAUCCGGCAACAGCCCCAGCGUCUGGCCGUGUACCUGGAGGUGGAGGCUGGCCUCCUGGCCUUCUCCGACGCCCAGACCGGGGCUCCUGUGCACAGCUACCAGGGGGCCGACUGGGGCCUCAAUGCCACUCUCAGGCCCUGCUUCUGGCUCUGGGACCUUGGAGGGAGUCUACGCCUGAGCCCCUGAGUCCAACAGGCUGGGACACACUGUCCCAGAUAAAGGAAUGGAGACUGUUAGCCUGGCCCUGUUUUUAUUGGAGUGAGACACAGGGAGCGCCAUCCACUGAGGCAAAGUGAGGGAAGCCUAGGACCAGGCCUGGUAACCCUUCAAGUAGCAUUGAUCAAGCACUUACUGGGAGCCUGCCAGGUACUACUGUCCUAGGGUCAGUACCCAGGGCUUCCACUCUAUUUGUGGUCUGGGGCCAAUCUCUGCCCCUUGGGCCUCAGCUUCUUGCUCUUUUUUUUUUUUUUUUUUGGUGAGGCACUUGGGGUUAAGUGACUUGCCCAGGGUCACACAGCUAUUAAGUGUUAAGUGUCUGAGGCCGGAUUUGAACUCAGGUCCUCCUGACUCCAGGGAUGGUGCUCUAUCCACUGCACCACCUAGCUGCCCCUUCUUGCUCUUUUUGAAAGGAGGAGAUAGGAGGCCUUUAGGGCCCCUUCUGGGUCGAAAUCCUCUUACCCAAGGAAGUAGAGAGACAGAAGGCAGAGAGGAGGACAUGGGUAUUGACAGGGAUAUGAUAAAAGGGGCAGAGGGGAGACCUGUAGGAGAGGGAGAGGAGAGGGAGAGGGAGACACUGGGGGGAAUUUGAGAAGAAUCAAAGGAAAGGGAGGAGAUUGGGAAG